AUGUUCUCCCCAGCCGCCCCGGAGCGUCGCGAUGCUCUCCCCGGACGCCCCCGUGCGUUGCGAUAUUCUCCCCGGACGCCCGAGAGGGUCGCGAUGCUCUCCCCGGCCGCCCCGGAGUGUCGCGAUGCUCUCCCUGGACGCCCUGGAGCGUCGCGAUGCUCUCCCCGGACGACCCGGAGCGUCGCGAUGCUCUCCCCGGACGCCCCACAGCGUCGUGAUGCUCUCCCCGUAAGCCCCAGAGCGUUGCGAUGCUCUCCCCAGCCGCCCCAGAACGUUGCGAUGCUCUCCUCGGCCGCCCCGGAGCGUCGCGAUGCUCUCCCCGGACGCCCUGGAGCGUCGCGAUGCUCUGCCCAGCCACCCCGGAGCGUCGCGAUGCUCUCCCCAGACGCCCCAGAGCGUCGCGAUGCUCUCCCCGGACGCCCCGGAGCGUCGCGAUGCUCUCCCCGGACGCCCCAGAGCGUUGCGAUGCUCUCCCCGGACGCCCCAGAGCGUCGCGAUGCUCUCCCCAACCGCACCGGAGAGUCGCGUUGCUCUCCCCGAACGCCCCAGAGCGUCACGAUGCUCUCCCCAGACGCCCCAGAGCGUCGCGAUAUUCUCCCCAGCCGCCCCGGAGCGUCGCGAUGCUCUCCCCGGACGCCCCCGAGUGUUGCGAUGUUCUCCUGCUUUCCAUCACCCCGCCCCAUUCUCCCGCUUUCCAUCACCCCGCCCCAUUCUCCCUCCUUCCAUCACCUCGCCCCAUUCUCCCGCUUUCCAUCACCCCGCCCCAUUCUUCCUCCUUCCAUCACCCCGCCCCAUUCUCCAUCCUUCCAUCACCCGCCCCAUUCUCCCGCUUUCCAUCACCCCGCCCCAUUCUCCCGCUUUCUAUCACCCCGUCCCAUUCUCCCGCUUUCCAUCACCCCGCCCCAUUCUCCCGCUUUCCAUCACCCCGCCCCAUUCUCCCGCUUUCCAUCACCCCGCCCCAUUCUCCCGCCUUCCAUCACCCCGCCCCAUUCUCCCGCUUUCCAUCAACCCGCCCCAUUCUCCCGCUUUCCAUCACCCCUCCCCAUUCUCCCGCUUUCCAUCACCCCGCCCCAUUCUCCCGCUUUCCAUCACCCCACCCCAUUCUCCCGCUUUCCAUCACCCCGCCCCAUUCUCCCUCCUUCCAUCACCCCGCCCCAUUCUCCCUUCUUCCAUCACCCCGCCCCAUUCUCCCGCUUUCCAUCACCCCGCCCCAUUCUCCCGCUUUCCAUCACCCCGCCCCAUUCUCUCGCUUUCCAUCAACCCGCCCCAUUCUCCCACUUUCCAUCACCCCACCCCAUUCUCCCGCUUUCCAUCAGCCCGCCCCAUUAUCCCGCUUUCCAUCACCCCGCCCCAUUCCCCCUUCUUCCAUCACCCCGCCCCAUUCUCCCGCUUUCCAUCACCCCGCCCCAUUCUCCCUCCUUCCAUCACCCCGCCCCAUUCUCCCGCUUUCCAUCAACCCGCCCCAUUCUCCCGCUUUCCAUUACCCCACCCCAUUCUCCCGCUUUCCAUCACCCCGCCCCAUUAUCCCGCUUUCCAUCACCCCGCCCCAUUCUCCCACUUUUCAUCACCCCGCCCCAUUCUCCCGCUUUCCAUCACCCCGCCCCGUUCUCCCGCUUUCCAUCACCCCGCCCCAUUCUCCCUCCUUCCAUCACCCCGCCCCAUUCUCCCUCCUUCCAUCACCCCGCCCCAUUCUCCCGCUUUCCAUCACCCCGCCCCAUUCUCCCGCUUUCCAUCACCCCGCCCCAUUCUCCCGCUUUCCAUCACCCUGCCCCAUUCUCCCGCUUUCCAUCACCCCGCCCCAUUCUCCCGCUUUCCAUCACCCCGCCCCAUUCUCCCUCCUUCCAUCACCCCGCCCCAUUCUCCCUCCUUCCAUCACCCCGCCCCAUUCUCCCACUUUCCAUCACCCCGCCCCAUUCUCCCGCUUUCCAUCACCCCGCCCCAUUCUCCCGCUUUCCAUCACCCCGCCCCAUUCUCCCGCUUUCCAUCACCCCGCCCCAUUCUCCCGCUUUCCAUCACCCCGCCCCAUUCUCCCGCUUUCCAUCACCCCGCCCCAUUCUCCCGCUUUCCAUCACCCCGCCCCAUUCUCCCGCUUUCCAUCACCCCGCCCCAUUCUCCCGCUUUCCAUCACCCCGCCCCAUUCUCCCGCUUUCCAUCACCCCGCCCCAUUCUCCCGCUUUCCAUCACCCCGCCCCAUUCUCCCGCUUUCCAUCACCACGCCCCAUUCUCCCGCUUUCCAUCACCCCGCCCCAUUCUCCCGCUUUCCAUCACCCCGCCUCAUUCUCCCGCCUUCCAUCACCCCGCCCCAUUCUCCCGCUUUCCAUCACCCCGCCCCAUUCUCCCGCUUUCCAUCACCCCGCCCCAUUCUCCCGCUUUCCAUCACCCCGCCCCAUUCUCCCGCUUUCCAUCACCCCGCCCCAUUCUCCCCAGAGCGUCGUGAUGCUCUCCUUGGACGCCCCAGAGCGUCGCGAUGCUCUCCCCAGCUGCCCCGGAGCGUCGCGAUGCUCUUUCCGGACGGCCCAGAGCGUCGCGAUGCUCUCUUCAGAUGGCCUAGAGCGUCGCGAUGCUCUCCCCGGACGCCCCAGAGCAUCGCGAUGCUCUCCCCGGACGCCCCGGGGCGUCACGAUGUUCUCCCCGGACGCCCCAGAGUGUCGCGAUGCUCUCCCCAGCCGCCCCGGAGCGUCGCGAUGCUCUGCUCGGACGCCCCGGAGCGUCGCGAUGCUCUCCCCGGACGCCCCGGAGCGCCGCGAUGCUCUCCCCGGACGCCCCGGAGGGUCGCGAUGCUCUCCCCGGACGCCCCGGAGCGUCGCGAUGCUCUCCCCGGACGCCCCGGAGCGUCGCGAUGCUCUCCCCGGACGCCCCAGAGCAUCGCGAUGCUCUCCCAGGCCGCCCCGGAGCGUCGCGAUGCUCUCCCCAGCCGCCCCGGAGCGUCGCGGACGCCCCAGAGCGUCCCGAUGCUCUCCCCGGACGCCCAAGAGCGUCGCGAUGCUCUCCUCGGACGCCCCAGAGCGUCGCGAUGCUCUCCCCGGACGCCCCAGAGCGUCGCAAUGCUCUCCCCGGACGCCCCGGAGCGUCGGGAUGCUCUCCCCGACCGCCCCAGGCGUCGCGAUGCUCUCCCCGGACGCCCCAGAGCAUCGCGAUGCUCUCCCCAGCCGCCUCGGAGCGUCGCGACACUCUCCCCGGACGCCCCAGAGCGACGCGAUGCUCUCCCCGGACGCCCCAGAGCGUCGCGAUACUCUCCCCGGCCGCCUCGGAGCGUCGCGAUGCUCUCCCCGGCCGCCCCGGAGCGUCGCGAUGCUCUCCCCGGACGCCCCAGAGCGUCGCGAUGCUCUCCCCAGUCGCCCCGGAGCGUCGCGAUGCUCUCCCCGGACGCCCCAGAGCGUCGCGAUGCUCUCCUCGGACGCCCCAGAGCGUCGCGAUACUCUCCCCGGCCGCCCCGGAGCGUCGCGAUGCUCUCCAUGGACGCCCCAGAGCAUCGCGAUGCUCUUCCCGGACGGCCCAGAGCGUCGCGAUGCUCUCCCCAGACGCCCCGGAGUGUCGCGAUGCUCUCCCAAGCCACCCCGGAGCGUCGCGGUGCUGUCCCUGGACGCCCAAGAGCGUCGAGAUGCUCUCCCCAGCCACCCCGGAGCGUCGCGAUGCUCUCCUCGGACGCCCCAGAGCGUCGCGAUGCUCUCUACGGACGCCCCGGAGCGUCGCGAUGCUCUCCCCAGCCGCCCAGAAGCGUCACGAUGCUCUCCGCGGACGCCCCGGAGCGUCGCGAUGAUCUCCCCAGACGCCCCGGAGCGUCGCGAUGCUCUCCCCGGCUGCCCCAGAGCGUCGCGAGGCUCUCCCCAGCCGCCCCGAAGCGUCGAGAUGCUCUCCCUAGACGCCCCGGAGCGUCGCGAUGCUCUCCCCGGACGCCCUGGAGCGUUGGGAUGCUCUCCCGAAACGCCCCGGAGCGUCGCGAUGCUCUCCCCGGACGCCCCGGAGCGUCGCGAUGCUCUCCCCAGCCGCCCCGGAGCGUCCCGAUGCUCUCCCUGGACGCCCCAGAGCAUCGUGAUGCUCUCCCCGGACGCCCCAGAGCAUCGCGAUGCUUUCCCCGGACGCCCCAGAGCGUCGCGAUGCUCUCCCCAGCCGCCCCGGAGCGUCGCGAUGCUCUCCCAGGACGCCCCAGAGCGUAGCGAUGCUCUCCCCGGACGCCCCAGAGCGUCGCGAUGCUCUCCUCAGACGCCACAGAGCGUCGCGAUGCUCUCCCCGGACGCCCCAGAGCGUCGCGAUGCUCUCCCCGGACGCCCCGGAGCGUCGCGAUGCUCUCCCCGGCCGCCCCGGAGCGUCGCGAUGCUCUCCCCGGACGCCUCAGAGCGUCGCGAUACUCUCCCCGGCCGCCCCGGAGCGUCGCAAUGCUCUCCCCGGCCGCCCCGGAGCGUCGCGAUGCUCUCCCCGGACGCCCCAGAGCGUCGCGAUGCUCUCCCCAGCCGCCCCGGAGCGUCGCGAUGCUCUCCCCGGACGCCCCAGAGCGUCGCGAUGCUCUCCCCGGACGCCCUAGAGCGUCUUGAUGCUCUCCCCAGCCGCCCCGGAGCUUCGCAAUGCUCUCCCCGGACGCCCCAGAGCGUCGCGAUGCUCUCCCCGGACGCCUCAGAGCGUCGCGAUACUCUCCCCGGCCGCCCCGGAGCGUCGCAAUGCUCUCCCCGGCCGCCCCGGAGCGUCGCGAUGCUCUCCCCGGACGCCCCAGAGCGUCGCGAUGCUCUCCCCAGCCGCCCCGGAGCGUCGCGAUGCUCUCCCCGGACGCCCCAGAGCGUCGCGAUGCUCUCCCCGGACGCCCCAGAGCGUCGUGAUACUCUCCCCGGCCGCCCCGGAGCGUCGCGAUGCUCUCCCUGGACGCCCCAGAGCAUUGCGAUGCUCUUCCCGGACGGCCCAGAGCGUCGCGAUGCUCUCCCCUGA